AUGACGUUGCUUGCUUUGGCCCAGGGAGAGCACUUGGUGUAUGCUGCUUCUCCAGGGCCCUGGGCUCUUGCCCUACCUCAUUUUGGCAGGUACAACUUCUUCACCUCGUUCCUGCAGUUUAAGAAGAGCAUGAUGCUCUUCAGCCAGGGUGCAGCUUUAUUGGCACUGGGAAAUGUCAUCCUGCUUCAAGUCCAGUUUACUUCUGUUCAACAGCUGCCAAGAGGUAUUGGGGUCUUACAGAUCUGUGGAGCUGUGUUCAGCUUUCUAGUCACUGACCAGGGUUUCAAUCAGCAGCCCCUUAAAAGGAAUAAUAACUCUGCUGAAGUUUUCAUUGAGCUUAGAAGGUGCUACUUCAUCUGGAGGAAACCAGAGCUUUGCGGAGGCUGUUUAAGUACUGGAGUUUUGGGCUUGUGCUGUGACCUGCAGAAUGAAAACUCUAGCCAUAAGGCAGAAGAGACCCAAGUCAGCCAGGAGCCUAGACCCACAGAGAAGCAGCAAAUUCAGCAGCAGUGGAGCCUCUGGGCUGGUACCCUCUCCCCAUUCCUGAACUGGCUUGCCAUGGUCUGCUUCAGGGGCCUCCUUUUAGAGGACUCAAGAUGCUCGGACUGGGUGGAGAUCAUCGAGCCCCGUUCCCAGGAGCGGAUGUACGUGAACUUGACCACCGGGGAGUGCAGCUGGGAGCCCCCUCCCAACCUGAAGGUGCGCCAGUCAGACCAGAAGCAGUGGUGGGAGCUCUUUGACCAGAACAACAACCGCUUCUACUACUACAAUGCCAUCACGCGGCAGACAGUGUGGCACCGGCCCCAGGGCUGUGACAUUGUGCCCUUGGCACAGCUCCAGGCCAUGAAGGGCAGCUCCCAGCCUGACUGCUGUGGCCUGGAGCACCAAGGCAGCACUGGCAGCGGUGGCAGAAGCACCCCCAUCCAAAUGGCCGUCUUGCAGGAGAUGGAGAAGGGCAAGAGGAACAGUGUGGCAGAGAAGAGGAAAGAUCCUGCCAGGGAGACUCCUACCCACUGGCAGCCUCUGCCAGGCACGAAAGCAGCCUUGUUGGUCAAAGUGAACAGUUUGAGGCAGAUGCAGAACUUUUCAAACAGUUCUCUUCAGCUGCAGGGUGCUCCAAAGCCCAACAGCCCAAAAUCUCUUCCCAAACCAGCUGUAUAUGCUCAGCCUCAAUCCACAUCCCAGAGCCCUGGAGCCACAAAGCAAAUGCCUACUGGAGAAACAAAGCAGUCUAUGCAGAUCAAAAAGACCGAGAGUGGUGGGUUUUGCCUGGUGAUGAUGAAUGGUCCUACUUCUCAAACACCUCCAAGAAGCCGGACAGGAACCCCCCAGCCUGCAUCCCCCACAUAUGCCUCUCCUGCACCUAUAUAUGAUGAGCCAUCUUUAGAGUUGCCAAUUUAUGACGAGCCACCAGUAGAUAUGGAUACUGAAAGCAUUUGUGUGAGUGGGAUGUCUCCACCAAGGUCACCAAGCAAUAGCUUAAAAAAGCAGGUGCAACCAACCAAAUUUUUGCAGCAUCCCAGUAUUCAACAACAGCAAGCUGCAAAGAAGCAUGCAAGAAAUCCCUCUUCCACUGAAUACAGCCCAGCUGGCAGAGAAUACAUAAAACAUAUGGUCAAUGUUGACCAAUCUGCCAAACUCUCCCACUCUUCUGUUGCAACAACAGAUACCUCCACUAAACUGCCUGGUCAGCUUGCUUCAAAGGACAGCUUCAAGGAGUCUUGGAGGAUCUUGGAAGCCAAUGUUCUCAAGAACAUGGAACUCCACCACAGUCGGCAAAACAGCCUGCAGACUCAGGAGUACCCAACUGGCCAUCAGGAUUCUGGUUAUUCAACUGGUCCUUCUCCAAGCUUGAGAAAAAGGAAAGGAAGGAGGCAAGGAGCAGGUCAAGCAAGACCUGGCUCUGUGGGCAGCAGCAGUGAGCUCACAGCUCUGAAUGAUAAAGUGAUUGCUGAGAUGCGUGCUGUGGUGGGUAGGUCAGCAGCUUGCAGGGGAAGCAAAGGCAGCCUGGAUGCUGAGGGCCUGGAGAACGGAGUUCCAGCAGAGAGCAGCAAGGUCAGGUUUCAGUCUGACCGCUUGAAAAAAUCCAUCAGCCAGAGCUCCAGGGAUGAUGUUGCAGCCAGCAGUAGGUCUCUGUACAGACAGGACCUGGAGAUUAGGGAAUUCUUUCCCAGCAGUGUGGCUACUCCACAGGACACAAUGAGGCAGAAGAGAACUUUUGAGAAAAUAGAUUCUUUAGAAAAGAAUGUCACCAGCCAGACAAGUGUGACUUCAUCAGGUGCUACACGUCAUUCCUCCCAGCCUGAGACAAUAGAGCUGGAGCCCAAGCAGGAGGGCAGCAGCCAGCGUGGGGGCUGUGUGGAAUGCCAUUUCCCUUACAGCACCCUACGGAAGCCCAUCUCUCAGAGCAGCAUGGCAGAUUGGGCUUCCAAAAACCUGAACAUGCACACACAAGGCAUCUUCCGACGAAGGAUCUCCAUCUCCAACAUGCUGUCCUGGAAUGGUGGCUCCAUUAAAAAGCCAAUGCUCAUCACUAGCAACCGGACCAUCAAAAAAGAGGCAUGUGAAAUGUUCAAACUGGUGCAGAGCUACAUGGGAGAUCGUCAGACUCGCAUGGACCGCAAUCACGUGGCAUUGGUCACGGUCACCAAGUGCUGGAGCAUGCAAGGCUUGCGGGAUGAGCUCUACAUACAGCUGAUCCGGCAGACAACAGAUAACAUGUGCUACCGAAGCCUGGCGUGGGGCUGGGAACUGAUGGCCAUCAGUCUGGCCUUUUUUUCCCCAUCACCCAAAUUUCAGUCUUACCUGGAAGGUUACAUUUACCGCCACCUUGACAGUGAUGAAAAGAUUGCCCAGCACAUCAAGGAGCUUGUGGAUCUGAAAAACAAGAAGAUCACAAAAUCCAGGAAAAAGAGAAAACAAAACACAGAGGAUGAAGGUCUACCCAUUAGCACCUACGCCAAGUACUGCUACCGGAAACUCCAUAAAGUAGCCGUCACUGGAGGCAAAAAGGGCCUCCGUAAGCCAACAGUGGAAGAGAUAACGCAUGCCAGGAAUGCCAUCCUCACGCCAUCGCUCUUCGGCAGCUCCCUGGAGGAAAUCAUGCUGCGGCAGCAGGACAUGUAUCCAGGGAACAAGCUCCCCUGGGUGCAGACACAGCUAUCACAGCAGGUCCUGGCCCUGGGAGGGGAACAGACGGAGGGGAUUUUCAGGAUACCAGGUGACAUAGAUGAAGUCAAUGCAUUGAAAUUGCAGGUGGAUCAGUGGAGAAUCCCAAACAGUCUCAGUGACCCCAACGUACCAGCCUCUCUCCUCAAGCUGUGGUAUCGGGAGCUGGAGGAGCCUGUGAUCCCCCAGCAGUUCUACCAAGAGUGUAUCAGCAACUAUGAGAACCCUGAUGCUGCUGUGGCUGUGGUGCAGCUUUUGCCGGAGCUCAACAGACUGGUGCUGUGUUACCUCAUACACUUCCUGCAGAUCUUUGCUCAGCCAUCAAAUGUGGGCAGAACAAAGAUGGAUGUGAAUAACCUGGCCAUGGUGAUGGCCCCCAACUGCCUGCGCUGCCAGUCCGACGACCCUCGCGUUAUCUUUGAGAACACACGCAAAGAAAUGUCUUUUCUCCGCAUGCUGAUAGUACACCUGGACACGAGCUUCAUCAAAGGGCUGGUUUGAGCCACUGGCCCCACACUGCAAAACAUUGCUCUAAGGAGUUGCUAGACUAAGUCUUCUCCUCUCCACUUAGGUUUCUUCCAUUGUCCUUACUGUUGUCAUGCCCUGGGUUAGCCCUUCAGCAUCUCCCAAUGUAUGAUCACAAGGACUGGACAUUUCUGGAAGGCUUGGUUCUGUCAGCACCAGGAAAUCCUUGGGCAUGCCAGGUCAGGUUUAGCAGUUCCUGGCCUUUCAGUGUGCAAUCCUCUUCCUGAGAGCCACAAGACUGGGAGCUCAGUGAAAGGGCUGUGGUAUGUGUGAGGAACUGCUACAUGUGGCAGUGAGACUCUUCAUUUUCCUUCUGGAGGCAGAGUUGGCUUGAUGUAGGAAAGCAUCACUCCUGUGCUGUGGCAAGAUCUGGUCCGAGGGAAGGUGCUGUCUCAUCAGGAAUAAUCCUACUACUAUGGGGCCAGCCUUGUUCACCUCUGCAGACUGUUGGCUGGAGGUGUCAGAGUUGUUCUGGCGUCCCACGGUGCUGUUGAUAAAGGGCUGUGAAAGUGCAGAGGUUCAAGAACUGUAGGGCUGUGCAGCAUGUAAGCAUGUAAGACCAGCCCUGUGCUGAGUACCCACCCACACCAUGAUGCUGGGCACAACAGGAAGGCCACACACCUAACAACAAACAGCUAAACAACCACUUUGGCAUCCUCUUAAUGAGGGCCAUAUCUUCUGGAGCAGUGACCCCAGUGGCCUUGCAGCUCCUGUUUGCUACAGACAGCAUGAGCUGACACCAGCUUUGCUGAGGAGCUCCUGAGCCUAUGCUCAGAGCAGCCUUCACAGCUCCAGCUCCUUGCACCCCCCUUCCUAAUACCACAUCCUUCCCAGACUACUCUGCCAGGAACUAAAUACCAGUUUGACCCACCCUUCAGGCUCAGCCCAGGUCUAAAGAAACCCACAACAGUCAGGAGUGUUCCUGUGCUCAGGUACACCCUUCCAGGCAGAGCAGCAGCAGUGCUGUGUGCUUGAGAAAUGCUGGUACUGCCUGUAGUCAACUGUGGUAUCCAUGCUCUUCCUUUGAGGUGUUUUCCUUGCUGGAGGCAGGUCUGCUGCAAAAAAAGUGUGUUUUGGGAUUACUGUUGCAGUGCAAAGUCUGCCAGUAUCAUGCAAGGUUGCAUUUGUGUUUCUGUAUCCCCCUCCCUUUCCAGUGGGCACCUGGGAUCAUCCUCUCCAGACUGCAGUGGGGAGCUGAGCCCUGCCCACAGUGAGUUUUAGAGCUGAUGCCUGAAUCAGUGCCAGUGUGGUGCCAUGUGCAGAGUCUUUCUAAGAGGGUUCCCAGAGCCUAUGUUCAGAUGGGUUUGAAUGAACUCCAGAACAGGAAUUCAGUUUGUGCCCAGCUGAACAAAGGUUCCUCAUACCAUAUGACCCUGUGGUCCAGGAAAUCUUGCUCCCGUGUCAAAAUAAGCUUUGUCAAGCAUGCCCACGAAAUGUGCCAGCAUUUGUUUCACAUACACACCCAUCUCCAUGCUUUGAUGUCUCUCAGCUUGUUCUGUCCUUUGGUAGUGCUGAACAACUUGUUCUUCACAUGUGAAGCUACUCCCCCAGAAGUGUAGAGACAGGCAGAGGUUCCAGCUCUGACAUGCUGUCCUGAGAUUUGAAUUGCUGAACAAGCUCAGGCUGUCCUGUUGCCUGCCAAGGGCUGGAGCAGCCACGUGGGACCUGCCCUCCUUCGGGCUGCAGGUGCCUGUGUCUGUGUCAGGCUUUGCCUGCAGCCACUGCAGUGGUGAUCCAUGUUACUUCUUGCACUCAGCCAGUGGCAGUCAAUCAAACCAUAGGCAUUUGCUGCUAGUAAAAGUGAAUGAUUCUAGCAAGGGUUGUAAAACAUGCUCAUAAAAGACACUGGAUAUUUUUGUCUUUGCCAACAGAUUUGUAAAUAUCAAUCAGUAAAGUAGCUUUUCCUCUGUUCUAAUAGUAAUAAAUACAAUCUUCGUGGCUGUA